CGCGAUCCUCGCGUCUCUCUGAAAGCGUUAUUACCAGCAGAUACGGAACUUCACUUUCUGAGAGAGAACAGCAUCCGACGCGAUGAGAGAACUACGUUUCAAGGAUAAUUUUUGGAACACCGAUAUCAUCAGCACAGCUGGAUAUGACAGCAUCAUCCAGCACCUGAAUGAUGGCAAGAGGACAUGCAAAGAAAUCGAGGAUUUCAUGAAGGCCAGAGCCGCGAUAGAAGAAAAAUAUGCCAAGGAGCUGCUGGGUUUGUCCAAGAAAGUGUGUGGACACAGCGAGAUGAACACCCUGAAACGAUCGCUUGAUGUUUUCAAAUUACAAACAGAAAAUGUCAGUUUGGCCCAUCUGCAUUUGGCCCACACCAUGAGGGAGGAAGCUAAGAAACUAGAAGACUUCAGAGAGAAACAGAAAGAGGCCCGGAAGAAGGUAGAACAGCAUAUGGAUGUUCUUCAUAAACAGAAGGCGGCACAAUGUAAGAAAACGGCUGAGGCGAAGAAGACUUAUGAGCAAAAGUGUCGAGAUAAAGAGGAAGCAGAACAGAACAUGAACAGAAAUGCCACCACCAGCAGUUCCAAGCAGCAAGAAAAGCUGUAUGCCAAAACACAGCAAGCCAAGCAGACGGCGGAGGAAGCUGACAGGAUCUACAGUCAGAACGUGUCCUUGCUGGGGAAGCUGAGAGACGAGUGGCUGAACGAGCAUGUCAAAGCCUGCGAGUUCUUUGAGAGACAGGAAGUGGAGAGGAUCAGCACCUUGAGGAGCGUGGUGUGGACUCAUCUCAAUCAUCUCUCGCAGCAGUGUGUCACCAGCGAUGAGCUCUACGAGGAAGUGAGGAAGUCACUGGAGCAAUGUAACAUUCAAGAAGACCUCGAGCAUUUUAUCAACCUCAGAAGAACCGGAGACAAUCCUCCAGCACCUGUUCCAUACGAGAACUUCUACAAUAAUCAGAGAUCAGCUCCCACUCGUUCCCUGCCCACAGCUGGCAGGAGAGCAGCAGCCCCUCCACCACCAACUGCAGAAAAUGAUCAUUUAUACUCAACCGUAGCAGAACCAGGGUACAGCCUCAUACGAUACUAAUAAGUUCGUGGCUCGGUAAGAAUUUCAGCAGGAAUGUAAACUUGUCGUGCAAUUCACAAACAGUAUGAUAUUAACGUUGGACCAAGUAUUAUACAGUUAAUAAUGUUGUUUAUGAAUACCUGGAAUGCUCCCUUGAAGAAAUGGUGUUCAAGUGAUUCAUUUUCCUCUUUUUCAGUCUUUGCAAGCCCUUUUGCUGCUCAGUAGGAAUAUGGUGAAGGCAUUUUUGUUACAGUUGUAUCAAGGGUUGAAAAACACAUUAGUUAGCCUUUAAUGCUGUAGCCAGCUUCCUCAUACCAUGUGGUGUGAAGCGGUUCCCUGUCUCUGUAUGAACAAAAAACAAAACAAAAAAAACAUUGUUAACUUGCUAACCUAAAAUCCGAGCAAGCAAACACAGUGAGCUUUGACACUUUUACAAUCAUAAAACGUCAAAUCCUGAAGUUCUCACUACAACGAUAACAUCACCAAUGUUGUAUAAUAUUUGUAUUUUAUUUACUGUAAAAAAGGAUGUACAAUUCUGCACUACUAGUGGCAUCAAAUGGAAUUGCUGUGGGUUUGAAAAGCUUUACUGGGUUCAACCAAUAGGGUGAGUUUGGAGGCGGGGCUACAUGUUUGGCCAAUGGAAAACAGGAAAGGAUCUGUUCUUUUGUUAUUUUUAAAAUUCAGUUUUGGUGUAGCUAGUGGUCCAGAAAUGACACAUUUGAUUUUUAAAUCAGCUUUUUAUAAAGGCCAAAAAUAUAUAAUUUAUUUUUAUUGUAAAAUUCUACACACUGUCAAUACAGAGUCCUGUAUCACUGGAUAUGUUGCUUCAAUAAAUAUAGUGUAUAUACGA